CUAAACCAAUUUCAGUUUAAGGUUUUGGUUUGUAACCUCUGAUUCUGCUAAUUCUAUGUCCGUUCUUGCUCCGUUCCUCGUCAAAUCCAAAUGGUAAGGCACCCUUUAUCCAAGAGAGCUAACAAAUACCUUAGAAAAUUCAAGAAAUGGCCACACUCCCCUUACAAGACCUCAUGGCACCACAACUUCGGUGAAGAACAAGCCAUGAAAAAUCUCAAACAAGCAACCCUAGAAAUGGAUUCUUCCCAACACCCCCAAAGACCCAACCUUCCGUGCCCUUUUCUCCUCUCCACUCUCCUUGAUUCCUUCAAAGCCUAUAGCAUUGACCCAACUCCAAAAGCUUACUUCUUUGUCCUCAAAACCCUAACCAGCACCUCCCAGUUGCAGGACAUUCCUCCUGUCCUCUACCACCUUGAACACUUGGAGAAGUUUGAAACACCAGAGUCCAUCCUUGUGUACCUUAUUAGGUUCUAUGGUCUUUCUGACAGGGUCCAAGAUGCUGUUGAUUUGUUCUUCAGAAUCCCCAGGUUCAGGUGCACACCAACUGUUUGCUCAUUGAACUUGGUUCUUUCACUGCUUUGUAGGAAGAGGGACUGUCUCGAGAUGGUCCCCGAGAUCUUGCUGAAGAGCCAGCACAUGAAUAUUCGUGUUGAGGAAUCGACUUUCCGGGUUUUGAUCCGGGCGUUGUGUAGAAUUAAGAGGGUGGGUUAUGCUAUUAAGAUGCUGAAUUUUAUGGUAGAAGAUGGGUAUGGUUUGGAUGAGAAGAUAUGCUCUUUGGUAAUAUCAGCAUUGUGUGAGCAAAAGGAUUUGACCAGUGCUGAGGCUUUGGUUGUUUGGAGGGAUAUGAGGAAACUAGGAUUUUGUCCUGGUGUCAUGGAUUAUACAAACAUGAUUAGGUUCUUGGUGAAGGAAGGGAGGGGUAUGGAUGCUUUGGACAUUCUGAACCAGCAAAAACAAGAUGGAAUUAAACUUGAUGUUGUUUCCUAUACUAUGGUCUUGAGUGGGAUUGUAGCAGAAGGGGAGUAUGUGAUGUUAGAUGAACUAUUUGAUGAAAUGCUUGUAAUUGGACUCAUUCCUGAUGCUUAUACUUAUAAUGUGUACAUAAAUGGUUUGUGUAAGCAGAAUAAUGUAGCCGAGGCGCUUCAGAUUGUUGCUUCUAUGGAGGAGUUAGGAUGCAAACCGAAUGUGGUUACUUACAAUACUUUAUUGGGUGCCUUGUCUGUAGCAGGGGAUUUUGUUAAGGCAAGGGAGCUAAUGAAGGAGAUGGGGUGGAAGGGUGUUGGACUCAACUUGCAUACAUACAGGAUCGUGCUUGAUGGUUUGGUUGGAAAAGGUGAGAUUGGUGAAUCAUGUCUUUUGUUGGAGGAAAUGUUGGAGAAGUGUUUAUUUCCUAGAUCUUCAACAUUUGAUAACAUCAUAUUUCAGAUGUGCCAAAAGGACUUGUUUACUGAGGCGAUGGAAUUGACCAAGAAAGUGGUUGCAAAAAGUUUUCUUCCUGGGGCCAGUACUUGGGAAGCACUGCUUCUUAACUCAGGAUCUAAACUUGGGUAUUCAAAAGCCACAUUUUCUGGCUUGUUGGGACCAAUUUAAUCUCAGUUGUUAAACUGGUCCAGGUGAUAGAUAUGUUAUUGAAACAUUUAGGCUCUCUUAUUGGUUGAAGAGCUAAACCAUGUCAGCAGUUAGCAAACUAGAGAGGCAUCAAAUCUUCAACCCGUGUGUUGAAAGCAAAUCUCUAAUUGUUUAAUCAUGCUUCGUGUAUAAGCCAUGUUUGAGUAACAUUCAUGAGGUAGCUAAACAUAUAACAUAUGUAUUCAUUAGUUUUGAUGUAACCCGGGUUUCAUGUGCAGAAUCUAAUUAGUUUUGGUGGAGGAUUUACGUGUCUUUUCAGAUUAAUGCUUCUUGGUGUUGGAGGUGAUAUAUUCAUUAAAGAGUGUCUAGAAUUUAUGAGAGAUUCAAACAUGCUAUUGAUCAUGUGGUGAACCAAAAAAGUAACUUAGUUGGUGCUCCUGUGGGAAAGGAGAUAACUAAUGUAGAAUCUUGGCAGUAGUCAGAUUGAUGACUUUAAGUUCUCGAGAGGCAGUUGAUCAAACACAAUUAGAGCUGGAUGAUGUGAGGGUGAGUAUUGACAGUUCAAGGUCUAUCUCCAAUCCUCUGCCUCAAGAGAAAAGUUAUUUGGGGUUGUUUCUAGAAAUGGCAAUAAACAAAUCCUUGGAAGAUCAAAUUCAAUCAAUGGCAGUCAUUCAGUUCCAAGAGAUGACCAAGAAUAUGGGGAGGAACUUUUUGUUGGCCUCCUGGAAAGCCAUCUGAAGACAAGCCUGGUAAGGCUAUAUUCUUUCUUUUGCUCUCUUAUGAGGAGUUCCAGGGACAACAACUUCUCAUUGCAACCAAAAUAUUGGAAGACACUCACUGUGUCUUGCAUCUUAAUCUGACAAAAUCCAACCCAAAUGUGUUUGCAGUGUUUCCCAGUUCUUCCAAUUGUUCAUUGUUUUUGAGCUUGUCUGCUAACUUAUUUUUGUCCUUGUUCAAGUGAUUUCAUUGUUGUAAAGUUUGUGAUAUUAAAUUUGAAUUGUGUAUUGAAUACGAGUAUACGAUUCUUUUUAGUUGAAGCCAAUUGAACCUAUUGAUAUAUCUUA